GACUCCCUGCAAAAUUGAACCCAGCAUAAACCGUGUUCUAAGUGUUCGCAAACCUGAGAAAGAGGAGGAUCCACUACAGCGAGUGCAAAAUCAUCAGCAGGAUGCUCAAGAAAAGAAGGAGAUAGUGAUGUACUGUAAAGAUAAAGUUUAUGCUGGAGUCGAAGAAUUUUCUUUGGAAGAGAUCCGAGCUGAAAUCUACAGAAAGAAAGCAAAACAGAAAAUCAAAGAAGAGUUGCAGGCUAUAGCACAGGAAAAGGAAGAAAUACAAAGGAAAAUUGAGGAGCUGGAGAAGAAAUUAAAGAAGAAAGAAGAUGACAAGCAGCAACAACUGCGUGAACAGCCAACAGAGAUAACAGAAGCUUUGCCACCUUCAGGACUGCAAGGAUUUACUUCUUCCAGUGCUACAGAAGUUGCAGAGAAACAGCUUCAGUUGCAAAGUGAAUCCCUGGUCUCUGAAGACACUCAAAUGCAUAAACCAUUUUGUUCUGAAGGUGUAGGUCUCCUUCCCCCACCAGUUCCUGCAACACUUUUCUCCAUAUUUGAUGAAUCCUCUACUUUGGCAAAUCAGAAUACAAGUUGUUCUGCAGAUCAUACGCAGAAAAGUGCCCGGCGCCCUCUUGCUGUUCGUAAACCCUCAGAUUCUCUAACUGCAAAGGAGAACAUACCACCAGAAGCCUCUGAUGAGCUGAAUGGAAUUGAACCUUUAACUGAAGAUGCAAUUGUGACUGGCUCCUACAAGAACAAAACCCUUUGUGCCAACCCAGAAGACACAUGUGACUUUGUUAGGGCUGCCCAUCUGGCCUCAACGCCCUUUCAUGGGGUGGUAGCUCAGAGAGUCCCAGCUCCUGAUUUUUCCCAGAGUGUCCAGAAGGAAGACUGUCCAGAAUCUAAGAGUGCACCUCUGAAUCAAGAAACUGUGGUUUCUGAGGGACCGUACAAUGAAGCUCCCUGUAUAAAUAAACUGAGCCCGAUCAUGGAAGCAAGCCUGGAAGAUACUCGCUCGUCAGGUUCUGUCUCCUCAGGAUCUUCUCUGACUUCUGUUACACAAACACCUGCUAUUAAAUACCUGCAUAUCCCUGAGAAUCUGGAAGUUGCUCAGAGUUUGCCUGCUGAAAUGGUUGCCGAAGCUGGAGGUAUCAGUGAAAACAUUAGUGGUGACGAUGUAGCUCGGUUUUUGUGGAGUGCUGAACAGCGUAAAAGGCUUUUAGAUCCCAUGCCAGAAUCAUUGACUGCCUCUCCAGAUUUUCAUUUGGAGACUGGUGCUCUGCCUGUCAUGGAGUUUGGGAAAGAUGUUGAGCUAGGAAAUGAGACUUACUCUAUCAAAUGGGAAUAUUGGACCAAUGAAGAAUGCAAGAUGUUUUUUGCCAUUCUAGCUAACUUUCCACAGCUGGAUGCAAAGGGAUUUGUAAUAAAGGUGUAUUCUCAGCCUGUGCCUUGGGAUUUUUAUAUCACGCUUCAGUUAAGAGAGCGUUUGAAUACUGACUUUGACCAAAGCUUCAGUGAGAAUUGCAGCUGUUUCUUGUAUCAAGAUGGCUGUGCUAUUUUGCACAGGGAUAUAAAUCGCUUCACGCUUGAGGAUGUUAUUCGUGGCUCUCAGUCCAUCACAGAGGAAGUUAUCCUACUGAUUGUUCAUAAUCUCCUGGGUGUGGUAGAGAAGCUCCACAAAGCAGAGAUUGUCCAUGGAGAUCUGAGUCCAGAGGUGGUCUUUCUGGGAGACAGGAUCUGUGACCCGUUUGCUAGUGAUGAGAUUACAACAGCUCUGAAGAUAGUGGAUUUCUCUCACAGUCUAGAUUUGAGAUUACAGUCUCAAGUAAGUUGGCCCAACAGCUUUCCAAUAUCCCAGACCCCUCAUGGACAACAGCUUCUGGUGAAAAGUUCUCUUCCUUAUCAGGUAGACUUGGUUGGCAUAGCAGAUAUCAUCCAUUUGAUGCUGUUUGGGGAUCACGUCCAGGUCUAUCAAGAGAAUUCCAUCUGGAAAAUCAGCCAAAAUGUAUCAAAGACUGUUAACAGUGAUUUCUGGAGUAAACUUUUUGGAAGAAUUCUGAAUGCAGGUGGUAAGUCCACAGUGCCUCUGCUGAGGGAGUUAAGAGAGGAAAUAAGUGGCAUGUUUGACAGCCGUUUCCAAGAACACCUUUAUGAAUCCUUAGCUGCACUGGGAGAAGCUUUCCUCUUGGAGAACUUCCUGUGAUUUCAUAGAGGACAAAUACAUUUUGUAUUAUCCAGAUGAAUUUGUUGUUAGCUUUUAAUUUUUUUUCAAAUGCAAGCAUGAACAGUGAUUGUAGCUGUUUCUGCCACACUUCACACGGGA